UGUUCCUGUUCUGUUUUUGUUUUUUAACUUCUGGAAGAGGAAAUUAGUAGGCUGAAGCCGGGGAGCUCGUGUCACCUCCCGCAUCUGUACGGGGAGUGCAGGGAUCAUUUAGCACAGCUGGUCACCGAGGAAACCCUCCAACAACGGGACCUUCCAGGUCCACACGGAGAGUCGGGGCCACCCAGAAGAGGGCUGGCCUGCGGGGAGAUGUGCGGCUGCUCGGCCAGGACCACAGCCCGGCCGGGGGGCCGGCGGGACGCAGCCGGGGGUGUGAGCGAUGGGCAGACGCACGGGACACUUGCGCGCUCGAGGAUUUGGAAGUGUGCCAGGGUGGGAAGGGACACCGAUCCCCCGGAACUCGACAACAGUUGGUCCUGUUCGGAGUUGGACCUGAACGAGAUUCGCCUGAUAGUUUACCAGGACUGUGAAAGGAGAGGCAGACAAGUCUUGUUUGAUUCUAAAGCUGUGCACAAGAUUGAGGAGGUGGCAACUCAGAAAACGGAGGACGUUCCCGCGAAAACGCCAGCCAGGUGCUGUCAAGGAGGUGGCAGCGGCAGCCUUUCUUCCCACGGCUCUUCCGGGGGAUCUUUACCACAUGCCAAGGAGCAGCUUCCAAAGUACCAGUACACGCGACCCGCCUCUGAUGUCAACAUGCUUGGGGAGAUGAUGUUCGGCUCGGUCGCCAUGAGCUACAAAGGCUCCACCCUGAAGAUUCACUACAUACGUUCUCCUCCACAGCUGAUGGUUAGUAAAGUCUUCUCCGCCAGAAUGGGCAGCUUCUGUGGGAGUACAAAUAACUUGCAAGACAGCUUCGAAUACAUCAACCAAGAUCCUAACCUGGGGAAACUGAACACAAAUCAGAAUAACCUGGGUCCCUGUCGUACUGGAAGUAACCUAGGUGUGCUGCAGGGAUGCGGCAGCAAACUGCCCCCGGGGGCGGCUGAAGGAGGACCGCUCCGGCUCAGCCGCAGUGCCUCUUUCUUUGCAGUGCACAGCACUCCGGUGGACAUGCCAAGCAGAGGGCUGAGCGAGGACAGGGACAGCGGCAUCGCCCGCUCAGCCUCCCUGAGCAGCCUUCUGAUAACACCCUUCCCGUCUCCAAGCUCCUCUACGUCCUCCUCCAGCAGUUACCAGCGCCGCUGGCUUCGGAGCCAGACCACGAGCUUGGAAAACGGCAUCAUUCCCAGGAGGUCAACGGAUGAGACGUUCAGCUUGGCCGAAGAAACCUGCAGUUCCAACCCGGCCAUAGUGCGGAGGAAGAAGAUCGCCAUAAGCCUCAUCUUUUCCCUGUGCGAGAAGGAGGAGGCCCAGGGGAACUUCCAGGACUUCUUUUUUUCUCAUUUCCCCCUGUUUGAGUCUCACAUGAACAGGCUGAAGAGUGCAAUUGAAAAGGCCAUGAUCUCCUGCAGGAAGAUAGCGGAGUCAAGUCUCCGUGUCCAGUUUUAUGUCAGCCGUCUGAUGGAAGCUCUGGGGGAGUUCAGAGGGACCAUCUGGAGCUUGUACUCCGUCCCGAGGAUAGCCGAGCCCGUGUGGCUGGCCAUGAUGUCCAGCACCUUGGAGAAGACGCAGCUGUGCCAGCGCUUCCUCAAGGAAUUUACGCUCCUGAUAGAGCAGAUCAACAAGAACCAGUUUUUUGCUGCCUUGCUGACCGCAGUCUUAACCUACCACCUGGCCUGGGUGCCCACCGUCAUGCCCGUUGACCACCCUCCCAUCAGAGCCUUCUCCGAGAAACGCACCUCUCAGCUGGUCAACACGCUGGCCAAGACGCACCCGUACAACCCUCUCUGGGCGCAGCUGGGCGACCUUUACGGGGCCAUCGGCUCUCCGGUGCGACUGACGCGCACGGUGGUGCUGGGGAAGCAGGAGGAUCUGGUGCAGCGCAUACUCUAUGUGCUGACCUACUUCCUGCGGUGCUCAGAGCUGCAGGAGAACCAGCUGACGUGGAGCGGGAGCUGGGGGCCAGGCGAGCAGGCGCUGCCCGGGGGCAGCAUCACCACGGCCCUGGAGAGGGGCGAGGUGGAGGAGUCCGAGUACGUGGUGGUCACGGUCAGGAGUGAGCCUGCCCUCCUGCCGCCCAGCCUGCCCGCGACAGCGGCCGAGGGGCCGCACGCUGACACCGGAGACCUCUGUCCCCAACUCGCCGGACAAGGAGGCCGGGGCCCGGAGCAGAGCGCCGCGGGCCACAGCAUCCGGAGACCUCGGGGCGCGUCGUGCGGGGACGACGAGAGUACGAUGGAGGCGCCCCGCGGCGGCUCCGCCAGACUCCCCAGCGGCGCAGGUGCGUGCGUGGGGCCGGCCGGCGGGGAGGAGCCGGGAGGGGAGAUGCCCAAGAAGCGGCCCGAGCGCUCGGCGGCCAGGCCGUGCCCUGAGGGGCGUCCCUGGGACAGGCCACCCUGGGAGAAGGUCACCUUCCACAUCGGGAGCUCCGUGUCUCCGGACUCGGACUUUGAAAGUCGCACCAAAGCGAUGGAGGAGCGGCUGCGGGCCUGCAGGUGUGCGGAGCCAGCGCGCCGACCCCCGGCCGGGCCCGAGGCGGCCCGGGAGGCCCGGGACCGGCGGGCUCCGAGGUGCUCCCGGGCCCCCGAGGCAUCUGCGGGGGCCCGCGGCGUCAGGACCGGGGCCGCCCAGGAGGCUGCGGAUUCGCCCGGCGCACCUGCCGCCCGGUGCGCACCUGCCGACCCCGCGCGCGCGCCAGGGAAGCCGUGGGGUCGGGGCGGGGAGGACGCGGACGGGCCUGCGCGGAGCGGGUGCGAGGACGCCGGCUUCAGGGGGGAAGGAGGCCUCCCCCGGAACGAGAGCUCGGACAGCGCCCUCGGCGACAGUGACGACGACGCGUGUGCGCCGGCCUCGCCGGACCUGGGCCCCGGCAGUGACGGUGACAGUGAGCCUGACCGGCCCGAAGGGUCGCCGGAGGUGGAGCUGCCGCUGCCCAGGUCUCAGAGCAUCAGCAGCCCGAACGUGAGAAACUUCGGCCGCUCCCUCCUGGCGGGUUACUGCCCCACGUACAUGCCGGACCUGGUGCUUCACGGGACCAGCAGCGAUGAGAAGCUGAAGCAGUGCCUGGCGGCCGACCUGGCCCACACAGUGCAGCACCCCGUGCUCGACGAGCCCAUCGCCGAGGCCGUGUGCAUCAUUGCAGACACGGACAAGUGGAGCGUCCAGGUGGCCACGAGUCAGAGGAAGGCGGUGGACGGCACGAAACUCGGCCAGGACGUCCUGGUCUCAAGCCAGGUGUCCAGUUUACUUCAGUCCAUCCUGCAGCUUUAUAGGCUUCACCUCCCCGCCGACUUUUGCAUCAUGCACCUGGAAGACAGACUACAGGAGAUGUACCUGAAGAGUAAGAUGCUGUCUGAGUAUCUUCGUGGACACACGCGCGUGCACGUGAAAGAAUUAAGUGUCGUUCUGGGGAUCGAGUCCAACGACCUGCCCCUGCUGACGGCUGUCGCCAGCACUCACUCUCCGCACGUCGCUCAGAUACUCUUAUAAGCUGACGCUCCGGACAGCU